AUGGCAAUCAUGAAAUUCAAAAAUUAUCUCAGAGCAUUUAUGCUUCUUGCUCUUACCUUGACAACAUCAGCCGAAGUAUCGUUUGAAAAUUUUGUCGUUUUCGGGGAUGAGUUAUCUGACACUGGUAAUGCAUAUAAGUUGACAAAUUACGAAUACCCACCGUCACCACCUUAUUACAAAGGACGAUUUUCUAAUGGAAAAAAUUGGGUGGAUUAUUUUGUGGAAGAACACGAUCUCUGCUUAUAUAAUUACGCCUACGGAAGCGCUUCCUCUGACAACACGCUAGUUCCAACUUUUACGGGUCCAAAGAACGUAAGCGUUCCCGGAGUCUUUCAACAAGUAAAUCAAUUUUUGGAGAAAGACUGCAAAAAAAUCAAUGUUGAAAAAACUUUAUUUGCGGUCGCAGCGCUUUGCGCCGACUAUGUCUUUACUCUUGGACAAAUUGAUGCUGCAGAAGUUGUAGAACGAGUUGGCAAUUCCAUUAAAGCACUUCAUGAAUCCGGUGAUGCCAAGUAUAUUUUUAUUUCACCUAUUCCGCCAGUUGAUCACGUUCCGGCAAUAAAAAGUUUACCCACUGAGACCGCUGAGCUGAUAGAGAGUAAGAUUGCACUUCAUAAUAAACUUCUCUUUCAGUUCCUUGACGACUUUCAAGCUAAGCACUCCGAGGUUAAGUUAUAUGUCCUCAAAAAUAUGAAUGAAAUAAUUGAUCAUAUGUUUGAACCCAAGAUAUUAAAAGAGCUGGGCAUUACUGUUACCGAUAAACCUUGUGUACCGGACAAUGGAUAUGCAGGAAAAGAUAGUAUUGUUUGUGAUCAUCCUGAAGAAUAUGUAUUUUUUGAUACUUUUCAGGCUUUGAAUACCAAAAUCUACAAAUAUAUAUCUGAUGAAGUUACCAAGCUUGUAUGGCUUUGA